AUGAAACCGACUUUGCGCAGCCCAAUGAUCAAGUAAUUAGAAGAAUCUCUUAGUCCCGGUGAUCGUAAUACGAAGAACGUAAAGAAAGCCCUGAAAGUGUUGAGUGAUUUGCUACAAGUAUCCGAAGGCGAAGUGAUUCGCCAGGAUAAAAUAUCGGAUGCUCAAGUAGCUUUCGCCAAAAUGGAUGGACGUGAAUUGAAUUUUCGGCACAUUCCACCACUACUUCGUGAAGGACCGUGUAAAAAAAUCCCCAGACGUUCGAGUCACAAACGGAAUCUAGAUCGUCACUUGUUUCUGUUCAGCGGUUACUUGGUGAUUACAGAGGGUGCCAACGCGAUGGGCCGAUACCAGGUCAAAUCGGAGCUCUUAUUGGCCGGAAUGAGCGUGAGUGGUAACCCUGCAUAUCUGGCCAUUUGA